CCCCGUCCGCCGCCCCACAAGCAGCCGGAGGGCGCCGCGGCAGCCGAAGUGCGAUCGAUGCCGGGAGCGCGGAGGAGAAGGCGGCGGCGCUGCUGAGAGGGGGGGCGGCCCCGCCCGGAGAUGGGGAUUCUCAGCAUCACGGACCAGCCUCCUCUGGUCCAAGCCAUUUUUAACCGUGAUAUAGAGGAGGUACGGUCAUUACUGAGUCAGAAGGAGAAUAUCAAUGUGUUGGACCAAGAGAGACGAACCCCUUUGCACGCAGCUGCAUACUUAGGGGACACCUCUAUUGUUGAACUCCUAAUACUAUCAGGUGCUAACGUCAAUGCAAAGGACACUCUUUGGCUAACCCCGUUACACCGUGCUGCAGCUUCUCGUAAUGAGAAAGCACUUAACCUCCUCCUAAAGCACUCGGCAGACAUCAAUGCUCGUGACAAGUAUUGGCAAACACCACUGCAUGUUGCUGCUGCCAACAGAGCAACCAAGUGUGCUGAGACCAUCAUCCCACUGCUUAGUAAUGUUAAUGUGGCAGACCGCACUGGCCGCACAGCAUUGCACCAUGCUGUACACAGUGGGCACCUUGAGAUGGUAAACUUGCUCUUAAAUAGAGGGGCCAAUCUGAGCACAUGUGACAAGAAGGAGAGACAGCCAAUACAUUGGGCAGCCUUUCUGGGGCAUUUGGAAGUGUUGAAGCUACUGGUAGCCCGUGGAGCUGACAUCACGUGCAAGGACAAAAAGGGUUACACACUGCUACACACAGCAGCAGCCAGCGGCCAGAUUGAAGUUGUGAAACAUCUGCUGAGGCUUGGAGUUGAGAUUGAUGAACCAAAUUCCUUUGGCAACACUGCACUUCACAUUGCCUGUUACAUGGGCCAGGAUGCCGUGGCGAAUGAACUGGUCAACUACGGCGCCAAUGUCAAUCAGCCCAAUGAAAAGGGCUUUACCCCCCUGCACUUUGCUGCCGUCUCCACCAACGGAGCCCUGUGCCUGGAACUUCUUGUCAAUAAUGGAGCUGAUGUGAACUUUCAGAGUAAAGAAGGGAAGAGUCCUUUGCACAUGGCUGCCAUUCAUGGACGGUUUACACGCUCUCAGAUUCUUAUACAAAAUGGCAGUGAGAUUGACUGCGCUGAUAAAUAUGGCAAUACCCCCCUUCAUGUUGCUGCUAGAUAUGGCCACGAGCUGCUAAUUAGUACUUUGAUGACGAAUGGUGCUGACACUGCAAGGCGUGGGAUCCAUGACAUGUUCCCUCUGCACUUAGCUGUUCUCUUUGGAUUCUCAGACUGUUGUCGUAAGCUACUUUCCUCAGGUCAGUUGUACAGCAUUGUCUCCUCACUCAGCAACGAGCAUGUGCUGUCUGCAGGCUUUGAUAUCAAUACGCCAGAUAACCUCGGGAGGACCUGCCUCCAUGCUGCUGCUUCCGGAGGGAAUGUUGAAUGUCUUAACUUGCUGUUGAGCAGCGGAGCUGACUUGAGGAGGAGAGAUAAGUUUGGAAGGACUCCUUUGCACUAUGCAGCCGCGAAUGGCAGCUAUCAGUGUACAGUGACAUUAGUCACUGCCGGAGCCAGUAUUAAUGAAGCUGACUGUAAAGGCUGCACCCCCUUACAUUAUGCUGCUGCUUCAGACACUUACAGGAGAGCUGAGACUCAUUCAGGAAACAGCCAUGACACUGAUGAAGAGCCACUGAAAGAGUCACGACUGAAGGAGGCCAUCUUUUGUUUAGAGUUCUUAUUGGAUAAUGGUGCUGACCCCUCUCUCCGAGACAAACAGGGAUACACUGCUGUCCAUUACGCAGCUGCCUAUGGCAACCGACAGAACCUUGAGUUGCUCCUGGAAAUGUCGUUUAACUGCCUGGACGAUGUGGAAAGCACCAUUCCAGUCAGCCCUUUGCACUUAGCUGCCUAUAAUGGUCACUGUGAAGCCCUGAAGACGCUUGCCGAAACCCUGGUGAACCUGGAUGUGCGGGACCACAAAGGGCGGACGGCUUUGUAUCUUGCCACGGAGAGGGGCUCUACGGAGUGCGUGGAGGUGCUCACCAGCCAUGGUGCUUCUGCUCUUGUGAAGGAGAAAAAGAAGAAGUGGACACCCCUCCAUGCUGCUGCUGCCUAUGGGAACACAGAUUCCCUGCAUCUUCUCAUUGAUAGUGGGGAGAGAGUCGACAUCACUGAUGUCAUGGACAUCCAUGGACAGACCCCAUUGAUGUUGGCAAUCAUGAAUGGCCAUGUAGAUUGUGUCCAUCUCUUACUAGAGAAGGGAUCCACAGUGGACGCAGCAGACAGAAGAGGCAGGACCGCACUGCACCGAGGGGCUGUUACUGGCUGUGAAGACUGCCUUGCAGCACUGCUGGACCAUGAUGCCUUUGUAUUGUGUCGGGAUUUCAAGGGCCGGACCCCGAUUCAUUUUGCCUCGGUGUGUGGGCAUUCUGAAAUCCUGAGGACCUUGCUGCAGGCAGCGCUUUCUACUGACCCUCUGGACUCUGUAGUGGACUAUAGUGGCUAUUCACCAAUGCACUGGGCUUCAUACAGUGGGCAUGAAGAUUGUCUUGAAUUGUUACUUGAACACAAUCCAUUUGCAUACCUAGAAGGAAACCCCUUUACUCCAUUGCACUGUGCAGUAAUUAACAACCAGGAUGGCACUGCUGAGAUGCUUGUUGAAGCAUUGGGUGCCAAGAUUGUUAAUAGCAGAGAUGCCAAAGGAAGGACCCCCCUUCACGCUGCUGCCUUUGCAGACAACAUCCAUGGUUUACAAUUGCUUUUGCAACACCAGGCUGAGGUAGAUGGAACUGACCAAUUGGGGAGGACCCCUCUUAUGAUGGCUGCUGAAAAUGGCCAGACGGCAGCAGUUGAGUUCCUGCUGUACAGAGCAAAAGCAGAUCUAACUGUGCUGGAUGUCAACAAGAACACAGCUCUUCACCUGGCCUGCAGUAAGGGUCAUGAAAAGUGUGCCUUGUUGAUUCUGGGGGAAACCCAAGACCUUGGCCUUAUCAAUGCAACAAACAGUGCUCUACAGAUGCCACUCCAUAUUGCAGCUCGAAACGGAUUGGCCUCUGUUGUCCAGGCUCUGCUGAGCAGAGGUGCCACUGUGCUUGCUGUGGAUGAAGAAGGCCAUACCCCAGCCUUGGCUUGUGCCCCCAACAAAGACGUUGCUGACUGCCUGGCACUUAUCCUUUCCACCAUGAAGCCUUUUCCACCUAAAGACGCCAUCAGCCCUUUCAGCUUCAACCUCCUCAAGAACUGCGGCAUUGCUGCCAAGACAGCCGCCUGCAGCUCCCUGCCCAACGGGAACAGCUGCCCUUACACCAAGGAUAGGCACAAUGCCAUCGGCUUAGAUGGCUGUUAUUCGGAAUAGCUUAAAAAAAAAACAAUGAUGGGUGAUCUAGUAUCUCUUCUAUUUAUUUAGGAAUUCUAUCAAUAUAGGACACUUUAAAGGAGAACAAGACUGGGAACGGGCCUUGUAAAAGGUCCUAGGAACCAAAAAAAAAGGAAAGAGAGAGAGAGAAAAAAAAAAACCUAGAGAAAAUGAUCUCAGCUUCUGCAUCCUACCUAGAUACUUGCUUUGACCACUAGCAUUUCUUUUGCUAUCACAAUUAACAAAAAGAAGUGUGGGUUUUCGAACAGAUUUGCCCUCUUAAGGCGGUUUUUUUGUUGUUGUUCAAAAUUACUCUGUGAAGCUUUAAAACAAAAUCUGCUUGCAUUCUUCUUUCCCUUGCUGUUUGCCAAAGGGUAUAUUGCCCGGUUCUUCGGCGUUCCAAUGUUUUUAAACAACCCACCUUUUUCAGUCCAAUUCCUCAAGGCUUGAUGCUCCAAGUGAAGAGCCAAUUAAAUUUACUUUAAAAUUUACUUUAAAUGCAUGGGGUUGUGGCAGCAGCCAAAGGACCCAAAUUUGAUCAUCUGGAUCAGCUUAACUGUGUCUCCCACACUUCCCCUCUGUCAGGCCACCUUAUCAUUUGGCAUCAUUUUUCUCUGGGCGCCUCAAGAGCAUAAAAAAAUAAUUCCGAGGGUCCCAGCAGUAUAGGCAGGGAGCAGAAGCCUGAAUUGCUGCUGCUGUUGCUUUUUAUUUUGCAUUUUGAAAUGAGGACAGGGAGGUUGAUCAAGGAGGGACCGCCAAGAAGGGCAGCAGCUGCUGGCAAAGUGCCACUAUCAUUGCUUCUUCCCCCAGGGUAACUUUUGUUUGUUCGUUAGUUUGUUGUGCUCGCCCUUUUUGAUUCCAGUGAAAAACACUUGAACUGAGAACUACUGUACCUGGCUACUCUGAUACUUUAGGCAGCUCAUAGUCCCCAAAUGCUGUUGCCCAACCAACGUGGUUCCUCUUUAAAAAAAAAAAACUUGUGUAUGCGCUGCCAGAAUUACCCCAACCACAUCAGGCACUUUAGGGAUCUUCUGUUUUUGGAGGCUGGGUUUUUUUGUUUUGUUUUGUUUUGGGGGGAGACGGAAGGUUAUCGGGGUUGCAAAAUGUCGGAUCCCCAAAAAGAAUUUCUUUUGUGGUUCCCCCUGCCCCCCUCCCGUCUCUGUGUUCUGCAGUGUUUCCCAUUAGACAAGUCAGUGUUGCCUAAAAAAGUUAUUGAUAAAGAAGCAAGCAUUUUAUCUUUUGAAAAAUAGCAAAAAGGAAAGAAAAAAGAAAAAAAAGCUUUCUGCAAGGAGAACAAUGCACUUCAGAAUCUUACAAUCCUACAUUUGUAUUUAUAAUUUUUCCCACUAGAAUAACAUCCAGAAGAUUUCAUUAGAGUGUGUGUGUGUGUAUGUCUCUGUCCAUCCAUCCAUAGGUGAGACUAGUAUGAGUGUGUAUUUUUUAAUUUUAAAAUUCCUAUUUAUUACACAUUUGAGCAUGUGCACUGUUUUUUUUUCUUUUUGUAUUGUAAACUGUAUCAUGUGUAGAAACUAACAAAAAAAAGAUUACCAUAUUGCAAAGUAUGUUCAAAGCCAAAGAUUGGGAUGUAGCAAUCAGAUGAAAGCUGCUGGGGCAAAACGUUUAUGACCUAAUAAUCUUUCCCAUCACUUUCCCAGUCCUGCAGAGCUGCGGUAGGCUUGGGACUGCGUCUAGCAGAACAUUUGAAUUUUCAGAAUGAACUAUUCCAAGGCAUAGUGUGUUUGGACCAGCCAGCUUUAAAGGCUAGUAACCCUGGGGGGAAAAAAACCUGUCUUUUAUUUUCCCCCAGGGUAUCUUCU